CUCUCGAAGAAUUGGCGCACUCGCUUCGCUUCACCUUGUGCACGCGUAACGAAUCGAUCUACGCGCCUGUACCGCUCGUGCUGUGUCAUACACCAUGAAGAGUUUCGUCAACAACAAAGCAGACAACACUGCGAGGCCGCAGUCAGCCAACAGCAACAGGCGUUUAGCUGCAGCACAAGCGAAAGUGCAGGUUCCAAAAGCAAACCUGCACAACGAGCCUAUUCAGAUGUAUGCUGGUCCCCUUCGUGCUCUAGGCACGGGCCAGCCCAACCCCCCUCCUUCAACUUUGCAGAACAGCCACCGGCAACAGCUUGAUGAUCACCAGCACAGAAGGUACGACACAGAUGCCGGUAGCAGCAUUGAUACUACAAUUCACGAACACUCCACCUUCAACCAAGGCGAGGAUCAGCGGAUCCAGCAACGGCACUCUGUCCAGAGAAACGGCCAUGAUGGCGACGAGUAUUCUGAUGAAGACCAACAAAGCGCCAGUGAAGACGGUUCCGACGAGGACGGCGAAUCUGGAGGGGACGAUGAUCAGGAUGACUACCAUGAUCAAGAUCAGCACCAAGGCCAAGACCACGACGAAUUCAUCGAGGAGGCAAAGAAAGAAAUGAAGACUCAAGGCUUGUUUCAUGACGAGGGUAACUCAUAUCCGAGCACUACAUCCGGUCCUCCUGACGAACAAUGCGACCAGAGGGGCCUGAGACAGCAAGCACUGGUCGACCAUGGUGACUAUGAUCGCCCAGAGAACCCACACUUGCAGCCGCCAGCACAGGGCAUCACUACCCGAUACACUCUACCAACCUUUCAACAGGCGAGACCCCUAGCACCGGGCCCCUCGAACAUGCCGGCGCCUAGCGUAUAUCAAAAAGGUGCCGCGAUUAGAAAGUCAGCGCAGCAGGCGAGUGCGCCUCUCGAGGUGCUUAGAGGAGUUGCUCGCCAAACCAAUGCCGCCGCUCCCAAUAUAAUUCCGAGCAAUGGUCAGACCGUACCGCAGGCACUUCGUCAACCGAAGGGUGCACAUGAGCAGCAGAUCUCGGUACCAGCAGGCCCACACCCUCAACACGGAGCGCCGCUGCCAUCAGUCAAACCAUUCCCCCCGCCUACCACGCAAGCCAGUGUGGCGAAUCCCACUCCAAUCUUAGCUUUGCGCUCUGCUCCAACUCAGACGCAGUUGCUGCUGAAGGAAGAUCCUGCCGCCCCUUACCGGUCCAUCGAGGAAGACGCGCCCAAUGACACUGAGGGACCGAUCGGUGAUUAUGACACCCCAGGACUUUUCAACAUGGACUAUGAUGAACUGCGAGUCGAAGAUUUCGACUGUGAGCCACGUCGUACGGCUCGUGUCCUCUCUACUGAUAUGCUGAAUCGCGACCUGAACGAGCGCCUCCCGUAUGUCCAGGAGAAUCUCGCUCCCGCCGAUCAGCACCAAUUCUUCCGUUCCUUGCCCACGCGCGAGUGGGAAGACGCUGGCGACUGGUUUCUCGCACGGUUUGGUGAUAUCAUCAAACGCGCGAAAGAAGCUAGGCAGAACAAGAGGAAGCUGGCGCGGGCGUUUGAGGAUGAAGUGGAGAAGCGAUAUCGCAAGGUUGCGAAGAGGCAACAGAACGUCGAGGCUGCGCUUGGUCAAAUGAAGGAGAAGGGCCAGGGCCUCAUUCCCAAGAGUCCCAGGGCUUCUCGAGCCCCACCAUCCAAGACUCCGCGAUCUUCAAAGCGAUGAGCAUGAAAAGGAGAAUGUGGGAGCAAGUGUUCAUAUGACGCAUACGGAAAAGAUGCGUCGUUUAUUAUAUUCAGGGGAACUUGUCAUCGAAUUUCGAAGAACCCGCGUGCGAGAGGUAGUGCUUUCAGCAUAGACUGUCGACGCCAGCAGAUAGAUAUGGUAGCGAGGCGCGACGAUAAUGACUCAACCUGCUGUUCGAAAAUCGGCUUUGUAGAGGGUCGUGCUAGUUAAGUAUGUGUUCUUUUUCUCCAUCCCAAGGAU